AUUUAAAGGAAGAGCUGGAUGUUUUGUAACUCAUUCAAUUGUGAAUUGUGUUCCUGAUGCUACUGUUUCCAAUAUCUCCAGCAAAAGAAGAAUUAUGUACCUUCUGUGGCCUCUACUGUUUCUGCACGUUUCAGCAGCGCGUCUGAGCUUGUUUGAUGACGGACUAAAGCAUGCAAAACAAGAGGGAAGAGUGCGACUGGUGGGAGAUCAGCCCUCAUCUGGUCGUGUGGAGGUCUACCAUGAUGGACAGUGGGGUACAGUUUGUGAUGAUGACUGGGACAUGGCUGAAGCACAAGUGGUGUGUCGUCAGCUGGGUUUUCCUGGAGCAAAAUCAUUUACGCUUGGAGGACGUUAUGGUGAAGGCUCUGGUAAAAUUUGGCUGGAUGAUAUGAAAUGUAAAGGCUCGGAGAGCUCUUUGUCUGAAUGCAGCUUCAAAGACUGGGGUGUUACUGACUGCUCACAUAAAGAGGAUGCAGGGGUGGUCUGUGAGACUGGUACAAACAUAACCAGCAAUCGUCAGUUCUCUGUGGAUAACAGUCUGGGUCUGUCUGAUGAUCUUGGUCUUCUGUUUGACAGUGGAGAUGGUUGUGAUUUCAGAAUUAAAGUAAAAGACAUCGGUGAAGAGUCAGAAUUGACUUUUUGUGUGCACAGAAUGAUCCUCGUGUUUUAUCCAGAACUAAACAUAAGAAAUGGCUCUAGAAACCUCACAGUAGAUGUCAGCCAGACCUGCCACCCUCAUGUCUCUGCGUUUCUCAGGUAUUUGUACACACGUCAGAUUGAUGUUUCCGUCACAUCAGCUCAAUGUCUGCAUCAGCUGGCGUUUACCUUUGGAGUGAAGAAGCUUAUGGAGGAUGUCGGCAGGGCCUUCACUUCACUCAUCCCUGAAGACAACACUUUCCAAACACAGGUAUCCAUGUUCGAGUAUGGCGUCCGCACAGGUGACCUUGUCCUGCAGGAGAACGUCCUUCAGUAUCUUUCCUGGAACUGUGAGUUCCUCAUAAGCUCUCCAGUGUGGAGCACCGUCUCCUUUCACAUGAUGGACGCUUUGCUGCAGCGCUCAGACCUGGUUGUGAAGGAUGAAGCUUUUCUUCUUGAAGCUCUGGAGAGAUGGAUCCAAGACAAAGGUGAUGAGAUGAGCUCAGACCAACAGGCCAGUCUCCUGAACCAGAUCCGCUUCCUCUUGAUCCCAGUGGACAAACUGUACGAAAUGCAGUUUUCCUCAAGCGUUCUCCAUCAGAAUCAUGAGAAACUGUACCUAACAGGUCUGCUCAGGGGUUUCCAGUUCAAUGCUCUGCCCUUCUCUAAGAUCAGAAAGCAAAUGUAUAACAUGAGUAGUGAGUAUCUACCCAGAAUCUACACUGGAGAUGAGUGGAGCGUAAUUUUUAAUGCAACCACUGUCAAAUACCCACGCUAUGAAUACAGAAAUGGUUAUAAUAUGGAGUAUAACUAUAACCGCGGGUAUGGUCAGAAUAACAGAAUGCAAUCCUUCUCCACUCCAGCACACCCUAGUGCUCUUUACAGAGAACAAAAGGUCUUUUGGCAAGCCCAGGUGUUUCUUAGUAGACAGGAGUGCUCUAAUUAUGGUAUUCCAUGUUAUUCAUUUCCUGUUGCAAGAAUUACUGCAAGUAGUAAUCAGAACCUGUACACUAGCACCAUUCGCUACAGCAACAGGUUGAUUCUCACCUGUAAGAAUGAAAACAAUGUCUUUCAAGUCCAAGAUUUCAAAAACAGCAUGGCUGUGAUUCCAAAUAACAGCAGUAUGGGUCUGCCGAACCCCUGUCCUGACGACUACAGUUUCAGAUUUGUAGUGCGUCCAGAGUAUAUCUGACUGCACUGAGUUCUGUUUGACUUCAGCUUCCUACCUACAGGCAUUUCAGUAUAUUCAAAUCUAGUUUAAUCAAAUCUAUUACAUUUAAAUAGUUUUUAUUUGAAUUUUUUUUUAUUAAUGUUACUCAUUCUGCAGUGAUUUCUCUCAAAUGUUACAGUUGAUUUGAAACUUUUCAUUUAAAUAUUGUCAAAAUAAAAAUGCUUGAUUUCGAAAGUGCACUUAAAAAAUAAAAAAUAACAUAUUUCUUACAUGA